UCUCUCUCUUCCCCUUAUAUCCGAAACCCUCGCCUCCAUCUGCCUCAUCUCCCGAGUUCUGCCCAAACCCUCGCUUUUGUCCACCCUCGAUCGCGGCUUACAGAGACCACCGAAACUCUCUUUCUCAUCCUUGCACUCCGCCCCUACCAGAAACCAUUGAGGAAGAACAAAAAGAGCCGAGUGUUUUAAACUAUUAAAGUUUCGGGCAAUGGCAAAAGGGAAGCUCAAUAAUGUUAAGAGUUGCUUUUCUAAGUUUCUUGUCAACUUUGGGUGGGAUCUUGUUCUGGGAUCGUUUGCUGCCUUCUACGCAAUCUUGGUUCCCUAUCGAAGAGAGCUUCAAUGUCCAGGCAAUGCAUGAUAUACUAUAUCACCGGCAACAUAUUGACAGGUAUGACCACUGUGAAUUUCCUGGUGUUGUUCCUCGUACUUUCGUAGGGGCUAUUAUUCUAUCAAUUUUGGCAUCACCGGUGGUUGCAGCAAUGCAAUUAUUUGAUGCAGCAAAGAUCUGUAGUUUACUUAUAGUACGCUUGGUGUUAGGUUGCCUGGUUUUGUCAGCUUUAAGAUUCUUUAGGAUCAAGGUUAGAAGGAAAUUUGGUUUUCAUGUAGAAGCAUUCUUUGCAAUGUUGACUGCUCUGCAGUUUCAUCUGCUGUUCUAUUCAACACGCCCCCUACCGAACAUAUUGGCUUUUAUUUUAGUUAACUUGGCAUAUGGAUUUUGGUUCGAGGAUAAUGCCACAAGUACUUUGAAAUGCUUGACUGUAGCAACAGUUAUAUUUAGAUGUGACACAGUACUGCUUUUUGUGCCUAUUGCUGUAGAGCUUCUGCUGAGUAAAUCAAUUUCAUUGUUGCAAGCAAUAAAAUGCUGCCUAAGCACUGCAGUUCUAUGCAUAGGGUUUACUUUGUUGGUCGACUCGAUAUUUUGGCAGAGAAUAUUGUGGCCUGAACUGGAAGUUUUCUGGUUCAACUCCAUCUUGAAUAGGAGUUCAGAGUGGGGUACACAUGCAUUUUAUUGGUAUUUUACUUCGGCCCUUCCUCGCUCUCUUUUAGUAGCAUAUCCUCUAAGCUUGCUAGGUGUGUUACUUGAUAGGAGAAUGGUCAGAUACUUUGCUCCUGUUUUCUCUUUUGUUUUACUUUAUUCGAAACUCCCGCACAAGGAACUUCGUUUCAUCAUUUGCUCUGUUCCAAUUUUCAAUGUAUCGGCAGCAGUUGCUUCAAAUAGAGUGUACAAUAAUAGGAGGAAAAAUGUUUGGCGGCUGCUGUUCCUCAUGCUGCUCGGUUCUUUGCUUGUAAGUCUCGGAUGCUCGGCCAUAAUGUUCUUGGCAUCUUACGAUAAUUAUCCAGGUGGACAUGCGAUGAAAGCUCUUCAUCAAAUGGGUUAUUCAAGGCAUUUACCAAGUAAGACGGUUCACAUAGACUCUUUCACAGCAAUGAAUGGCGUCUCACGCUUCUCUGAAGAAUAUUCAUGGAGAUAUUCUAAAGAAGAAGGAAUAGCCUUGGAGGAAUAUCGUGACAAAAAUUUUACCUUCCUACUGAACAGUGAGCUUCCUUUUGUGGAUGGCUACAAAUGCUUAUUUGCAGUAAAUGGAUUUUCAAGAGCCCAUCUCCAAAAAGGGUUUCCUCCAUUUUCAUUGGUAAGUUAUUAUUUCAUUUUUGGGGGAUUUGCAUAUCUAACAUCUGAAUCGUCAUAUUUAUUAUGACACUCAAUAUUUUAAAUGACAUAAAAAACAUCACUAAUAUUGACUUAAUAAAACUAAAACACACAUUUUCAUUAAUAUUUUUUUAGUUCAAUAAAUCACCCGGGUGCCAGUUCUGUAAAUAGCAAUGUUCCAAGUGUUUUUUAUGUAAUAUCUCUAUUUUUUAAUGUGAUUUUGAUAGCAAUGCGGUAUACAAGUAAAUUCAAGGAUUUAGAUGUUUGAUAUGUAAAUACAUGAAAACAAGCGUGAUUUGUAGGUAAAUCCUUCUUUAUUUUAAAGCUAUCUUGACGCAUCCUAAAUAACUGUUCAUAACUUAUAUUUCUGGUCUUUUUCUAGAUUAAACUUAAUUGAUGUUAUUUAACUGGAUUUUAAAAAAAAUAAUGCGGCCUUUAAUGAAUUAACAACUACAUAAGAUUGAAUCUUAGCAUUCCCUCGAAGUUUUUAUCUUUAUUUCAGAGCAUUUAAACUUAGGGGCAUUGAUAUUCAUACCACCCAAUUCUUAUGUAUUGAAGUACCUGAUGUCUAAACUUUCUUUGUUACAUUUAUACCGCCCAGAUUUUGCAUAUCAAAUUAAGAAAA